GGCGACAUCUUCGCUGCCCCACCACGCACGCUCCUAAUCCACGCCUGCAACACCGAAGGAAGCUGGGGCGCCGGCAUAGCCAAAGCCUUCAAGGAGCACUACCCAUCAGCCUACGAAACCUACCAUGACCACUGCCUCAAACACGGGUCCAAACUCCACUCCACCGCGCUUCUAAUCCCGCCUUCCGAGACAGAUGGGCCGGGGCACUUUGUCGGGUGUUUGUUCACGUCGCGGUCGAAGGGGAAGAAGAAGGAUUCGCCGGGGAAGAUUCUGGAGGUUACGGGGCCAGCGAUGAGGGAUUUGUUGCGGAGGGUGACGGAGUGGAAUGAGGGGAAGGGGGAGGGUGAGAGGGUGGGUGAGGUGUGGAUGUGUAAGAUUAAUUCGGGGUUGUUUGGGGUGAAGUGGGGGGAUACGAGGAGUGUGUUGGAG